AUGAUGGCAGCAACUGUUUUGAAUGUUAAGAAUUGGCCAGAUAUAUUUUGUGAUACAAACAAAUUUUCUUCAAUAUUUAUUUUAAAAGAUAUUGAGGAAGAACCAUUACAAAAUUUUGCUUGUGAAUUUUUUACUAGACAUUUUGAAGUAAUAAGCCAUUUAAAAGAAUCUGCAACUGAUGAACCUAUAAAAUGGAGAACAUUAAUAGAUAAGUCAGCUACUCUUUGGAAAUAUAAAAAUGGAACACAGCUAUACAGUUAUAGGUGGAAACGUUUGGCAGCAACUGUUUUGAAUGUUAAGAAUUGGCCAGAUAUAUUUUGUGAUACAAACAAAUUUUCUUCAAUAUUUAUUUUAAAAGAUAUUGAGGAAGAACCAUUACAAAAUUUUGCUUGUGAAUUUUUUACUAGACAUUUUGAAGUAAUAAGCCAUUUAAAAGAAUCUGCAACUGAUGAACCUAUAAAAUGGAGAACAUUAAUAGAUAAGUCAGCUACUCUUUGGAAAUAUAAAAAUGGAACACAGCUAUACAGUUAUAGGUGGAAACGUUUGGUAAAUGCUUACAAAUCUUUCAGAAGAAAAAUAUGGAGUGACUCUAAUUUAAACAAAAGAAUAUCAUUUAUAUUUUUAACCUUGAAUGGAUUUGGACAGUAUGUUAAGAUUGCUAAAGUUCCAUAUUGGCAGGAUAUGCUAGCUAUCUUUUAUUCAGCAGACCAAAUAAUUCAAUUAAUCAACAAUCAAAUGAAAUCAGUUUUAAGUAAUAAUUCUUUACAAGUAUCACAUCUUUCUCUCAAUCUUCCAUCUUUAAAGGAUGUUGUUUCAAAAAUUAUUCCUGCACUCCCUGAUGCAUUUGUUGCAUUUGGAAAUCUUCUUACAAAUGAUCUUAAAAAUAUUUUAGACAGAGUAGAAAAACUGCCAUAUCCUCUUAGUAAACUCCCAUGUGAAGAGGGAAGCAUAACUGACAUAAUUGAAUUUAAAGAUAAAUUGAAAAUUCAAAAUAUUGAAAAGAAUGCUUGUUCAUCUGGACCUUUCAUCACUCAGGAAAUUAUUACAGAACCUACAAUUUCAUCAAUUAUAAUUGCUAUUCAGAAUGCAUCCCAUGGCAAAGAAAUUAAAUUUAAUUGGACUAAAGCUGGUCAGCAUGUAAUUCAGGCAGUUGAAAAUUCUAAACAACUUUCUAAAUUCAAUGGAUCCAUUUUUCCUGAUGUUCCAAAAUUUGAUGAAUCUAAAAUGAAAAUUGCUAUUGAUGAAGUAAAAAAAAUGCUUACAAAAAUUAAUGAUGAAAGAAAGGCCUUCAGAUUUUCUAGUCAAAUAUUAGACUCAUUAAUUUCAUACACUGAAAAUUUAUCUGGUGGAAAUCAAAUAGCAUUAGCUAAAAAAAAUGCAAAUUGUCCAAAAGGAAAUUGUAAUAAAGACAAAAAUUUAAUUUCUUGGGAAAAUAAAUUUGGAUUUAGCAAAUCUAAAUUUAAAAAAAUUAUUAAAUCACUGGAAAUAGUAACUAAAGAUAUUUCUGAUAUUUUAAGCAGAACUUCAGGAUCAGAAGAAAUUUCUGUAUAUAAUAUUUUCAAUGGUACUAUUAUUAGCGAUGCACUGAAUGUAUUGAAAGAGGUACCAGAUGCUUUGCAAAUGAUUGUUGAAGCAAUUUUUAAACCUCAGUUUUCUACAAAAAUUUCUAAACUCAUAAAAAUGAAUAUUAAUGAUUUUUGCUCUGAUAAACUUUUAUUUUUGGAUAUAUUUGGAAAUACAGAGGAAACAAAACACAUAGCUGAAGAUUUUCAUAAGAAAUUAUGCCACUUAAUUUUGAAAUUUCAUAGAAACAUGUCUGCAGAAGUUUUUUUAAAAAAUUUUAUUGAUCUUCCAAAAUUGAAAAACUUAUGGGAAAACCCUAUAAAUGAUACAGAAAAAGUUCAGUUUAGAAAUAUUGUUGAUGCACUUAUAAAUAUUAUGGAUAGCAUAAAAUAUUUAAAGAAACAUAAAGUUUUGUCAGGAUUAGAAGAUAAUUUCCUAAACCAGUUAAAAUGGGAAGAUCUAGGAGCAUUUAUUAAUGAAAAAUUGCAAGAAGCUGGAUCCAAAAAAUUUACUUUACUUUUGCAACAUACUUCUAAAUCAUUGAUGAAAGCAGAUGUGCAAAGUAAUCAUACUUUAUCAGAUAAACUUGGUUUAAUUGCUAUAUAUUUUGAAAGAGUAAAUGGAGUUUUCCUAAAAGUUAAAGAAUUAACACUGUUUAAUAAUGCAAAUAUCACACUAUCGGAUUUAUUUUUGGAAACUCCUGAAUUGGAAGAGAUCUUAAUAUGGUUUGAAAAUUAUUUACUUCCUGGUUUGGAAAGUACUUUUCAUACACUAUAUAUGGAUAAAGAAAAAAUUGUAAAUCUUUUGUCUAAUUUUAAUUUUAACUUAUGCAACAACACAGUCAUGACAUAUUUAAUUCCAUUACCUAAUAACAGUAAUGAAAAUUUACUGGAAGAAGGAAAACAGAAAUUAUGUGAUAUUAAUCUUGCAAGGAUUUCACAACAGUGGAAGGAUUCUCUAAUUAAUGCCACACCAGAAGUUAAAGUGAAUAACUUCUUAACUCAAUUAGGUUCAUUUCUUGACAACAUAAUGUUUAUGGUGACAUAUCGUCCUAAGAUUGAAAUAAAUUCACCAUUAUUUAAUUCUACAACAUGGAAUGAAAUUAUUGAAAGAAUGUCAACAAGUUUAGAUAAAUUAAUCAGCCCUGACAUGAAAUUUGGAAAAGAUAAAUAUGUUACCUUAAUUCAAAAAUUUCUUGAGCAUGGAAAUUGGAAUAUUUCGAAAACUGUGGAUGAUAUAAUUAUUUCAAUGACUUGCACACUGAAAUUAGUUAAAGAUGGAGUGACUUGGGAAAAUGUGUAUGAAUUAUAUUCAGAAAAUGAACCAGUCGUUACAAUUUUAAAUAUCAUGAAUAGUAGCAUCGAUUUAGCUCAUAUGAUAUUGGAUACUCUUCAAGAACCUACAAAAUUAUCAGCAAUAGCAAACCAGUUUAUUUAUCCAGAAAACAGAAAAGAAAAUUUUUGUUCAGUGAAGAAAGAGAAAUGGAAUGAAUAUUUUAAAUUGUCUUCAAAUAAUAAUAAGGCUUUCUUAUAUCUACAAAGUGUAAUUUGCAAUAAAACAUAUGAUUUUGGUGUCACAAAAUGUUUUUCAAAAUUGCAUAGUUCUAUAACUAAUCAGUAUGUUGUGAGGGUUGAAGUUGUUCUUUUUAAUACUCAAUAUGCAGAUAGUAGCAAGAACAUGAAACUUUACUGGCCAAUCAUGACAACAAAUUGCUUUCAAAUUUUUAUGCCAAUAAUUGAGAAAGGAAUAGAUAAAAUCCCACAUAUGAAACAAUUUCUAAACAUAUUAGCUCAAAUAGUUUCUGUUUAUGCCAAUAAGACAGAAGUAAUUAUAGGAAAAAAUGUCACAGAAUUUUAUCUUCAUGAUAUUUUUCCUGAAUCACCUCAUUUUCAAAAAUUACUUAAGGAUUGGCUGCCAUUAUUACCAGAUUUUAUUGAAACAUUCUUUUGGACUUCAGUUGCUCCAAAGGCAUUUACAGAAAUAACAAAAUUAACAAAAUUAUGUGAAGGUUCCUUAAAAGAGAAUGUUUUUAAUCCCUCCUUCAAUGAGGAAAAAUGGAAAAUAUUUUCAGAUGCUGUGUGCAGUCAAAAUUAUACAGCAAUAUCAUAUGAAUUACAAGAAAAAUUUGGCAUUCAAACUAUAAAUAAUACAGAUCCAAUUGAUUGGAAGAAAUUUGAAGAAGAUUUCAGUAAUUCUAUAAAAUAUUCUGGAAAUUUAGUAAGCCAGAAAGUUAUUGUAAAAAGCAAAAAUUGGAAUAAUCAAACAACAUGGAUUAAUAUGUUCAAAAAUAUUGGUGUAACUAUUAAGAAGCCCAACGUUUUGUUAUACCUUCCUUUAGGAUAUGGAGUAUCUUAUGUUCAUCUUACAUAUUCCAUGUUGUGCAAUCAUUUAAAUAAAAGUACUAUCCAGGAAUUAAUGUGUAAUUUAACUAAGGAUAAAAAUACUUGGGAUGAAACAAAUAAAUUGUUACAAAUGUUUUUGACUGAUGAAAAUUUUAAACCAUCUUGGAAAGAAUUUUAUAAAAUCAUUAUGAAUAUUACUCACAUAAAACCGAUUUUAGAUUUAAUUACUGAAAAAAGAAUUAAUUGGGAUAUGGUAGAAAAAGAUGUUUUUGAAAAUAUACCAGAAUCUUUUCAAGAUGUCAAUUCAGAAUGGAAAUAUAUUUUGAAUGUAAUUCCACCUGUUUUUAUGCAUGUUGGAACAAUGUUGGAAAAAGAAAAAUUGAAUGUAGUUGCAUUUCACAGUAUUCAUACAAUAAUUUGGAUUACAAUACAGAAAUUAGCAGAAUUGAAAAAAGACAUUGAUAUUACAAAAACUGAAAGCAUACUUCCAAUCAUGCCACAUACAGAGAAACUUAUUCAAAAGCUCAUACCAAUGUUACCAGAAGUGAUAACGACAUUUUUAUGGACUGCUCAAGUACCAAAUAAAUUUUCAAAAUGGAUAGCUGAUGGCAGAUAUAAUUUAACAAAAAUGAUUAAUCUUUUGUGUGUUGGUCCACCUACUCUCUAUCUCUAUAAUCCAGCAUUAAAUUCUGAAGACUGGAAUAAGUUACUCUCUCCACUAUGUGAUAAUGAUUUCAAUCAGAUUUCUUAUGAGUUAUUAACAAAUCUCAACAAUACUAAGAAUCCAAUAGAGCCAAUAUCUUGGAAUGGACUUGGUUCAGAUAUUGUUCAACUUGUUAAGUUGAUUGAAGAAAUUUCAACAUCAAAAGCAAUUGAUCCUCCUUGGAUGCCUACAGUUCAUAACUUUACAUUACUGUUACAUAAGCCAGAAAUUAAAGCUUAUAUAACAUUGCAGAGAAUAUUUUCAGGAUUUUGUACUCAAAAUUAUAUGUUAAAUACUAGUGUUUUUCCAUCUUAUAAAAAUGUUAAUGAGAGAUAUGAAUUUCAAUUACUUUUAUGUCAAUUAAGCACAGAAGAAUUUGCAAAUAACAUCUCAAAAAGUUUUACAAAACUUGUAGGGCUGGUUCGUAAUCGAAAUCGGGGUGGAAAUGUUCCCUGGAAAGAAUUCUAUGAUUCUAUUAUGGAAAUGAUACAAGUGAAAAAAUUAUUACAUGCUAUUUUAGGAAAUUAUUUAUUCAAAAAAAUUGAAAAAGUAGAAGAUAAUUUAUUAAAUAUUGCUAAUUUGGCUUCAUCCAAUAUAUGGAAAAAUCCUGAUUUAUGGAAACAAACAAUCGAGAUUGUAGAUACUAUCUUUUCAAUGUCAAAUAUGACAUCUAGCAAAUUGCAUGACUAUGAAAAUGCAACUAAUUUGAUUAUAUUGGAAUUUAAAAAAUUAUUAAAUACUUCAGAUAAUGACAAUUUGGUAAUAAAUAUUGAAAGUUUACUACCUGAAAUACAUCAUCUUCAAAUUUUUGUGAAUAUUCUUUUAAAAUUAUCACCUGAUUCAAUCAAAGCUUUAAGGAUAUUGCUGCAACAAAAGGAUAUUUCAGAUCAUAAGUCUGNACAAGUUUAUACNCUAGAUUUACUAGUUUAA